AUGACCCUUGGAGAAUAUGAUGCGGAUGCAACAGAACUGUUAGAAACUUAUGACUUCCUGAUGAAAUACAUUAUAAUUGGAGAAGCCGGAACGGGGAAAUCGUGUCUAUUGCACCACUUUACGCAUAAUUCAUUCAAAGAUCACUCGCAACACACUAUCGGGGUCGAGUUCUCAAGUCGGACUGUCAAGCUAGGGGAGAAACGGAUAAAGCUGCAGUUGUGGGAUACUGCAGGGCAAGAAAGAUUCCGCUCUGUGACCCGGAGUUAUUAUCGUGGUGCGGCAGGAGCUAUCCUGGUUUAUGAUAUCACCAAUCGCGCUUCUUUCUCGAAUCUUUCGAGAUGGCUGGCUGACGCACGAGCUUUAGCGAGCCCUAAUCUGGUCGUAGUCUUGGUCGGGAACAAAUCCGACCGCGAAGACGAAAGAGAAGUGGAAUGGGCUGAAGCAAGCCGGUGGGCAGCUGAGAAUGACGUCCACUUUCUGGAAGCCUCUUCUCUCACCGGCGAAAACGUUGAAGCACCUUUCCUCCUGGCCGCCCGCUCGAUUCUCUUAGCGAUAGAAUCGGGUGCCCUGGAUCCUGAGAAAGCGGGCAGCGGCGUGAGCUACGGUGAUAGAGCUCUACGUAGAGUGAACAGCUCAAGUCGAUUGAGUUUUGGGAGUCUGAGCGGCGUACGGCGAAGAGGAACCGUCAAACUCAAAGCGAAAGGUUGGAUUCCAGGUUCUAAAUGUUGCUGA